AUGCAGUCAUAAUAUUAAAUGAGUCCAAAAUCAACUCCAAAGAAUAGAUAAUAAUUUCAAACCUGUUUUGACUAUAAUGAAUCACCAUUUUUAAGUCCAAAUGCAGAAUCUCUUGAAUAACCAAAAUACAAAGUUAGAAGCUUAAAACCUAAAACAAUUCUUGAAGGUGAUCUUGCUAGAGUGAGCAAAUCAAGAAAUGUAUUAUCUACAAACAAUAAUGAAUGUGUAAAAUGCAAGAAUGAGAAAGGGAGUUUAGCAAUUAAAUUAUGUCAUUGCUUAAAUAUUAAUUACCAUAUCAUUUGUAUCUUAGAUUAUGCUAAUCUUCAUCCUAAAUUAGGACUCAGUUUAUUUAGAUGUUAAUUUUGUAAUGAUUACUUUCCAAUAUAAAUCAAUGAAAAGUAUAAUAUUUAUAAACUAUUAGACUGAGCAUAUCUAAUUUAAAUAAUAAAGAAAAGUUUGUAUUUUUAAUAGGUAUGUCAUUAUUAAUUUCUUUGAUUGCACUAAAAAUUGCGGCAUUUAUUAUUCUAAAUCUAAAUUAGAUUUAUCUAAUUUUAUUGAUGAUAUUAAUAAUUAUUGAAUUAUUGAUAUUAUUAAUAACAAGCAGUAAAUUUUAUCAUUUAUGUUACUUAAUCGAAUAUGAUAUAAAAGAAUACAAGAUUGGACAAGAAUAUAAUUAAUUUUAAUUAGAAUCAUUCACUCUUAAAAUUGUGAAAUAACUGUAGUAUAAAAGAGCAAAGAGAGUAAUAAUCGAUUAAGAUUAAUGA